AUGUAUUCUUUGAACACUUGUUUUCCAGUAAUAUGGUGCUCAUUAGCGAAGGAAGCUAACAGGGUUCACAUCAAACGGAAACGUCUUAAACGGUCCUCUGAUUCUCGGCCGGAACUGGUGUAUACUUUUAUUGAGCAAGCUGUGCAACCAGGUGCGCAAGUUGCGUUAAAAUGCGCAGCUGUUGGUGAACCUCCGCCUCGGUUCCGAUGGCAUUUAGAUGGACAACCCAUACCGUCGCAUCACGGGGCAAUUAUAACAGAGGGUCGGGAAACUGGGCCAAGCAGCAUCGGAUCGAGUCACAAUUACAUACUGUCGACGCUGUCUCUAAACAGCGCGAGGGUUGAACACGGCGGACGAUAUGAGUGCCGAGCCACAAACAAUCAUGGUACAGUCACGCAUGCAGCUCGACUCAAUGUUUACGGUCCACCAUACAUUCGCUCUAUGAAUCCAGUAAAAGCAGUUGCUGGAUCUGACAUCACAAUUUGGUGUCCAUACUAUGGAUUUCCAAUCGAUUCAGUAAAAUGGGAAGGCGGAGUGGCUAAUGACCCGCGUUACCAACAAUCAGACGGUCAGCUCACCAUCACUAAUGUGGACCGUACUCGGGAUAGAGGCGGCUGGAUUUGUUCCGUUCUAACUCCUGGAGGUGAACUCGCGAGGAGAGAGGUGCAAGUAAACGUGGUAUCGCCGCCUGUUCUGUCGCCCAUCGUAUUCCCACCAGGGCUGCGUGCCGGUGAUCGCGCUCAACUCACGUGCACUGUCACCUCUGGUGAUAUGCCAGUCUACUUCUCCUGGCUCAAAGAUAAGAUGCCCAUUUCUAAUGUGCUACAGGUGGACGAGCGAGGUGCUGAGUUCUACAGCAUGCUUCUAUUUAAGAGCCUAACAGCUGCCCACAGCGGUGUAUACACGUGUGUAGUUACCAAUACUGCGGGAAAAGCCAAUAUGUCUGCUGAACUAGCUAUUAAGGUUCCACCAUUUUGGCAAAUUGAGCCAUCAGAUGGGGCAGUUCUAUUGAACGGAUCUCUAACCGUCAGCUGUGAAGCAAGAGGCCAUCCACCACCCACUAUUUACUGGACAAAGUUUACAGGUAGUACAGAAACAGCUCUGGGCGGGGUGUCUGAGCCGGUAGUGCUUGGUAAUGGCUCCUUGAGGCUUGAGUCGGCUCGCGCUGAACAUUCUGGGAAAUAUCGCUGUAGAGCAGAAAAUGGCGUACCACCAGCCUUGUCUAAAACUUUAACGAUACACGUCAAUGAGCCGGCACGGUUCGAAACCCCAUCGGUGAAUGUAACUGCAAAGUUGGGGGACACGGUGCGGCUCGCGUGCGUCGCGCGGGGCGACAAUCCUCUAGCGAUGUCGUGGAGCCAUUCAGGGAGGGCUUUACCGAAUUCCGAUUACAGGAUGAGUAUAUCAGAGACACGCAGUGCGGAAGGUCUGCGCAGUGAGCUAGUGAUUGAGAGAGCUGAUAGGAGGGACUCGGGAGUUUAUCGUUGUCAGGCGUCCAACCCCUACGGGAGGUCUGAUCACUUCGUACACCUCGGGGUGCAAGAACCUCCCGAACCGCCCGCAAACUUCCGAGUCCUCGAUACAACAUCGCGUUCAAUCCGCUUACAAUGGCGGAGACCUUACGACGGGAACUCCCCAGUGCUGGGUUAUGUGGUCCAGUAUCGGAGGCACGAUUCGGCCAAUCCUGAUGCUUGGAGGGACGCAGAUACUCACAAUAUCUCCGUAAAUGCUCAUACAGUUGACUCUUAUACCGAGACGGAAGAGGCAACGAUAUCAGGCUUGGAACCAGCCACGGCGUAUCUGGUUCGUGCACGGACGGUCACAGCGCAGUUCGCAUCUGCGCAUACUCGUGCGCUGUUAGCGUUGACAUCGCACGAACCGCCAGCGCGCGCUCCAGCUGGCUUUCGAGCCUCGGCGCCAAGACCUUCAACUAUUGAACUAGCAUGGCAGGCACCCCCAACAUCAGCGUGGAACGGUGAACUGUUAGGGUAUACAGUAUGGUGGUGGCCUGCAGCUGAAGGCACGAUGUCUGGAGGCGCCGGUGUAGGCAUGGAGUUCGCAACUGUUAGAGGACAUGUCACCAAGUAUACUAUCGAAAGUCUUGAACAUUAUACUAGGUAUUCGGUGAGUGUUAGAGCAUUUAACAGCGCGGGCGCGGGCCCAGCUACUGCUCCUGUAAAUACCCUUACUCAAGAGAGUGUGCCAUCUGAAGGUCCACGAGCUGUGAGGUGUCGUGCGGUAUCUCCUCAAAGUCUGAAAGUGGAAUGGUCUCCUCCACCUGCGCACGCUCAUCAUGGAGCGCUGUUGGGAUAUAAGCUGUUAUAUCGUCCGGAGCAUACGGUGGAGUGGGUAGAGUGGGAGGUCCGUGGCGGUAGCGCAGGUACGACCGCGGGGGCUGAGGUAAAGCGUGUAGCGGGCGUUGAGACGCUGUUGCUGGCUCUACGCCCACAUACAAACUACACGCUACAGGCACUCGCAUACACCGCUGCCGGCGAUGGUGUGCCUGCGCAUCCUAUACGCUGCACUACACAGCAGGAUGCACCUGGACCACCAGCAGCUGUAAAAGUAAUUGCAACAUCUGUAACGUCAUUAGCCGUGAGCUGGUUACCUCCUAGUCGACCCAAUGGCCCUAUUUUGUACUAUACUAUCUUCUAUCGAGAAUUUGGCAGGGAUCGGCCUCCACAAACUACUACUGUCCAAGCGGAAGAUAUUGAAAUGUCAGUUGGUCUUGGAGGUUUUACGGAACUAAGGUCUUUGUCAGAAAGUGCUACGUAUGAAGCGUGGGUUGCAGCACAUUCUGCUGCUGGGGAAGGAGAACCGUCAGCACCACAGCCAGCGACGACUACGUCCAGGGCGGCAGUACGGCUCCUAUCAUUCGGCGUAUGGGCGCGCGUGCAGUGCGGGCGUCCACUGCGCCUGGCGUGCGCGUGGCGCGGCGAGCCCGCACCACGAGCGCGCUGGUUGCGCGGUGACCGCCCCGUCACGCACGACCCCCGCACGCAUCUCACGCCGCACGGCCACCUCGCCAUACACGAGGUGGACGCGCUCACGAGCGGUAACUACACGUGUUCGGCACGCAACUCGUACGGCUCAGAGGAAGUUACUUACCGAGUGGAGUGCGCCGCGCCGCCAGCACCGCCCACGCUGGCUCUAGAGCGCGUUGCUCAUACAUUUGCACGCCUUGCCUGGCGUACUACGCACCACCCCUCCGCACCACCUCACGGUUUCACAAUCUUUUGGGUUCGCGUCCGAGACGAUAGUACAGAGGGUUCGGAACCAACUAGUUCCAGAAGAGAAGAAGAACGUAAAAUAGAAGCAGGGGGAGAGGCUGCCAGUGUGGUGCUGAGGGCUCUAUCAUGCGGGGCCACGUAUUCAGUCAAAGCUGUAGCACAUUCAAGAGCUGGAUCUUCAGCACCAUCUGCGCCUUUACUUGUUCGAACGAAAUCUCCAGUCCUAGUUUGGGAAGGUGGAGGACAGAAAGAAAGUGGGGAAGAGGGCGCAGAAAGUGCAGUGUGGAGCAAUAGCAGUGCGCUGGCGCUGGACGCUCGGCGAGCUGUGCGCUGUGGAGCCCGCCUCGUACGGCUGCAGUGGCGCCGUGCGGACGCCGGCCUCGUGUGGCGAGACGCUGACCUUACCUCACUACACCAUCAUCGAGAGGUAGUGAUAGGUGGAUUAACGGUAGGAACGUGGUAUGCUCUCAAAUUGUGGACGGCUACAGAAUCAAGUCGUCAGCAGGCUGUAAUUUAUGCAGCAACGACUACACAUUCCGGAGAACGCCUCCGUCGGCCGGUGGCGUUUCAGACGGAAGGACUUCCGCCGAGCACGGUGAGUAACGGCGAAAAUGCGGAUCGCGUGCUCGGUGCGUUGUCGCUCGCGUUCGCAGCGCUUGCUGCGCUCGCCGUGUCUGCGCUGCUCGUCGUGCUCAUGGCAAAACGAAGCACUCUGCUGUCUUGCGGGGGCCAAAUUGAGGAAGAAGCUCGUCGUUGCAGUCACUCCGCGGCCAGCACGGAUAAGUCCGUCUGUCCCGAACAGCAGAACAUACGUAACUGUCAGCACGACUACAAACAUGACAAAUUGUCUCCGGCCUCCGAUGUAUAUGAGAUAAGUCCGUACGCGACGUUCGCGGUGGGUGGUGAGACGGCGGCUACCCUUGACCACACGCUCCAGUUUCGCACGUUCGGGCACCGCGACAACGAUGCGCCACCACACAGACCCUGCAGGAAGCACCCGCAGAGGCACAGGGAGAGGGCUGAUGUGGAGAAGCAUCACUCGGAUUGCGAGCUACAGCAGCUAAGCCGGUAUGAGAAAGUGCGACCUCGGCACUGCGCUGGCACCUCCUACUGCGUGCCGCUUUCUCAUCACGGAGGCGGCGGGGGCAGUGGAGGGGGCAGCGCGGGAGGGUUCUCGGAGGUGUACGCGGGAGACUCCAGCGCGGAGUCGGGGCCAGGGUCGCUGUCGCCGCGCACGCAUCUCGAGCACAGCUAGCGCCUCAGGGAAACCACACAAAAAUAGUCUUAAACGACCGACUAAACUGCUAUUGGGCUGUUCUUAAUUGUACUAUGGGGUGAACAAAAUGAUUUAAUACCAGUAGUUUUCGUAUUCAUUGACGAAAUUUUUAAAAUUGCGUCAACUUUGCACAC